UAGGGUUCUUAGCAAAUGUUCUCUUGUGGCGUAGGCGCGGCCAAGGCGCCCGGCUGGAGGAGGCUCGAUCGGUGCUCGUCCGCGCGUAAUCCGAGGCGUGCUGGUAAGAUUCUAGCUGUAGCGCACCAGCAGACGCGGGGGAUCGGAGGUUUGCUCCGGGCAUUUCACGAUGCCCCGGAUCGUCACGGCCGGAGCUCGUGUAGGAAUAUAGGGAAGAACAGAUGGGAUGAGUCGAGAAGGAAGAUCGAGAUUGCGCUCGAUUUGGAGCAUUUCAGUGGUGGUGACGGUAAUGGAGGGUUUAAGAAUUUUGGGAAUGGAGGAGAUGGGGAUAGUAGUGACAACGAUGGUGGCAAGGAUCCAAAGGACUGGAUCAAGCUCUUGAGAUAUUUGUGUUGUGCGGCACUGGGGGUUUGCGUUCUCGUACACAGUAGUAAUGGCAGCAGUCAGGCUCUAACGCAUGAAGCUGGUAGAAUCAGUGACGAUGCUAUCUGGAAAGUGAAGGAUGGGAAAUGGACGAGAUAUAUCGUUGAUGAGGCUAGCAUGGCGCUGGUUGUGGACGUCACGAAGAUGAGCGAAGACGAAGCCAUGGCUUACGAGCAGGAGUGCCUGGAAAGAGAGAAGAACAGCAAAGGCAAAUCUUCUCCUUCAACUGACAAAGCUGGCGCCGUGAGCACGGGAAGAUCUCGCAAGCUGGGAGUUGACGAGAUUGUCAGCUGGUGUUUGGAUGCUCUCAAGACAACGAUGCUUCCCAUAGGAUACCCGAAGACUGUGAGUGAUGACUACACGGAGUACACUUUGUGGAGGAUGGGACAGAUCAUAGCGAGCCAAAUAAGUGGAGUCCUGACUACGCAGGCUUUGCUUUACGCAGUUGGACUAGGAAAAGGUGCCAUUCCCACGGCAGCCGCAAUCAAUUGGGUUCUCAAGGACGGCAUUGGAUACCUUAGUAAGAUCGUGCUCUCAAAGUAUGGUCGUCACUUCGACGUCCAUCCAAAGGGUUGGAGGUUAUUAUCGGACUUGAUUGAAGAUGGUGCAUGUGGUUUGGAGCUGCUUACUCCGACGUUUCCACAUCUCUUUGUUCCUCUUACCGCGGUUGCUGGAGCUGGGAAGUCCGCUGCUGGUUUGAUUCAGGCGGCAACAAGGAGCUGUUUCUACGCUGGUUUUGCAACUCAAAACAACUUUGCAGAGGUUAUUGCUAAAGGUGAAGCUCAAGGAAUGGUGAGCAAGUCGCUUGGAAUUGCUUUGGGCAUUGGAAUAUCGAGCAAAGUUGGAUCAUCCGGACCUUUGCUAGUACUAUCUUUUGGUACAGUGACAGCAGUGCAUGUUUUGUGCAACCUCAAGUCUUAUCAAGCCGUGCAGCUUCACACGUUGAAUCCUUACAGAACAGGCCUUAUCAUGGCAGAAUAUUUGACGACGCAGAGAAUUCCAUCCGUAAGAGACGUAAACUCCGUGGAGCCCAUUUUCACGGUCGCAGACUUUUUUUCCAGCAAGAAAGCACCGCUGUCUAUUUCGUGCGAAUCGAAAUGUGCCGCGGCUGACAUCGAGAAGAACUUAAAACUGGGAGUCAGUUUUGGCGAAGCAGUGGCUAGCAGAGGAGCUGCUCAAGCGUUGCUUGAUCUUUACAGUGGAGAGGAGUACCUCUUAACAUAUGACGACAGUCAUUGCUUUAAGGUCGUACUCAAGAAAUCGGCGUCGCCACAUGAUAUGUUGAGAGCCGUAGUACAAGCUUCAUACUUGAGACAUAUUCACAAUCAACAGAGCCUCUCUAAAGACGAGCUACUUAAACUUUCGUACCAGAGCAUGCAGCAAAGUUUCAACGAGCUGAUACAGGGGCUCCAAGCUGCCGGCUGGUCCACGAGCGGAUUGGUGGCAAGGCCUGGAUCAAACAGGCUUGGUUGAGGUACAUUGAAUCAGUUUUCCUGUGCUGCUGCACGUCUACGCCUUUGCUGCAGGCUUGGAUUUAGCGAAGUCGGAUUCAUGGUAAAUGUAUUAGAAUAUCCGCUUGCCUUUGUCAACAGCUUUUAUGUGUUCGGCCAGUUGCAAGGAAAAUACCUCUCAAGCAUCAAAAGGCCCUUUGGUUUAGCGGUACGGAGCUGAUGGUUUUUAUUGAUAGGCUUGCAAGGAGUCAUGGCGUUCGGGUUGGCUUUGCAGAGCAAGCGUGAUUUACCAACAAAAUCUAAUGGUGAGACGAUAUUCACCACUACAACAGCUAUUGUCGUUGUCAAGGCUCACAUCAACAAUGCUGGAAAAGCUGGAAGUCGUUGGGGAUUAUUAUCACUAUUUAGAUUGGAAUAAAGGGCCUCUUUUUGCACCGACAAUAAUUUGGAGCUUCAUAGCCCGACAAGCUCAAGAUAUCAAAUGUAAUUACUUCCUAUAGUUAGUGCUGACCAUUUUCUUUCACAGCUCGCAUUUCACAGCCUUGGACAAAAACUUCCUCAAGCCAAAGCCACGUUGACGAUGAGGACUUUGGUCUUUUUGACGCUGUGGAUCAGAAUGACUCUUCCGACAAUCACGCGGUAGAAAUCCAGAGAUCUCUCAUAUGACGAACAGAGAAUGAGGAUUGUCAUUCAGAGAACGGUAGAAGCACAAAAGCCAUAAAAGACACUGGACAAUUUAGAAGCUUUUAAAGAACGUGUAAUACCAAAUAACUUGUAACCAUUUCCUCUGUGAAGGGACGAAAAGUUUGAUGGAAA